AUGACAGCUUUGCUCCUCCCAGUUGAGCUCAUCGAACAGAAUGUAGGCCACCUUGAAUGUGAAAAUGAUAUCAAUGCCCUCGCUCGCACUCAUGGAACUUUCUACCGCGCCGUGACUCCCAUGCUGUAUCGACAUAAUUUACACCAUAAUAACAGCUCUGCAUUAUCCUGGGGAAUUGAGCACAGAUGUCUUGCAACUGUGCAGAAGUCUCUCUCGGCCGGUGCGUCGGCCAACGAGUGUGAUCCGGACACUCUCUGGCGACCCAUGCCGUUGGCGGUGAUAGAGGGCGAUGAAGCCAUUGUCCAGUAUCUGUAUGAACAGGGAGGAGUCGACAUCCGUCACACACGUAGGUGGCUCAACCCACGCCAUAAGGCCUAUGACAGAGGUCCUGGAAGCUUGUUGUUGCUGGCCGCUGUCCAUGGCCAUGAAGCCCUGGUCCGCUUCUUCAUGGAUCACCUGCCGCGGCCGUACAAUGUCGAUUAUCCCGCCGACUCGGGUGGGCGAACACCCCUUAUGGAAGCUGCUGCAGAGGGACAUCUAGCUAUUGUGCGGUGGCUGGUCGAUGCCGGAGCAGACAUCCACGCCCGAGAUCAUGAUAGUUGGACUCCCCUCGUGCUAUCUGCGCGCGGGGGCCACCUUGAGCUCAUGCGGUUCCUGCUCCAACGGGGAGCCGAUCCUACUAUCCCCACGGUACCGGACGGAUGCUCCGCCCUGUGCUGGGCAGCGCGUCUGGGUCACUUCGAAUGUGUCCAUUGCCUGCUCGAUGCGGGCGUGAUGGACCAAUUAACCCGCUGCCAAGGCUCAGAAUUGCCGUCGUCCCAUAAUGCUACGAUGUGUCCUCUUACGUCAAACGCACUCUUGAAGUGCGACAACAUAGUUGAUCUUCUCUUUGAACGAUGGGAUUACCUAGCUAGCACCGUUGAACCCGCAAACAAGGCUGUGCUGCUGUGCGUAGCCGCGGCGCGUGGGAUUACGGCUUUGGUGCUCCUCGCUCACGGUGCCGAGACAUCUCCCUCGCCGGGAGUGAUGCCUAUGCGGAAGCCCUUAAUCGAAGCCAUUAAGCAGGGCUCGGAAGCCAUGGUCUCCAUGUUACUUAGCGCUGGGGCAGACCCCAAUGAUCAGGAUGCGCAGGCCGGUUUUGCGGCAUUAAAGCAUGCCAUCCCCUUCGAGGGUAUAUUCCGUCACUUACUCACCGCGGGGGCUGACCCUACCGCCGUAGACUGCCAAGGUGAUACCAUACCAGCCACCGUUCUGGCGUCAGGCCGCACGACACUAGUCCAGGCGCUGAUCGAUCAGGGACUCGAUCUGUCGCACCAUAUGCGUCGGGCCAAUUUCCUUCACCAAGCCAUCCGCGGGGGGCCGGCGGUUCUCGAUCUGCUCGUCCGAACGGGGGGAUGGAAUAGCUACAUCUUCCCAGAGCACUUGGACAAAACCACAUGCGAGCAGGCCCUCGUGAUCGCGGUCUCGACGGGAAAGAUUGAGACACUUCGGUGGCUGCUAGACAGAGGCUUUUCGGUGGCCCAGUUGUCGCCCACUGUCAACUUGAUUGCUGAAGCAGCAUGUACAGCUACAACGGAUGCAGACGCCGCCGAAACCAUUGACCUCCUGCUUCAACACGGCCUGGACAUAAACAAACGCAUCCACGAACGCAUUGGCCGUAAGACAGCAUUAGCACACGUGGCCUAUCACUACAACCUGCAUACGGAUAGCGACACCGGCCGCGUCCGCCUGCGCAUGCUGGUCGAUCGCGGCGCCCAUCUCCUUUCACCGCGCAGCCCUUCCGAGCGAUACAAUCCUUAUACAUCCACUAUCGCAGUUUGUGUUGGUGUGAGCUCUGUGUUGGAUGAGAUGAUAUUUCAGGAGAUGGAGGCCCGGCGUGAGCCGUGGAUAGCGGUGGAAUGGCUCUUUAAGUACGCUGAGCUCGAUGCGCGUGACCGCUGGGAUUGGGAGGGAGUUAAGAUGAUAAAACGGUAUUCGUGGAGGGUGCGGUAUCCUGUACCUAAAUGA